AUGGAGUGCUAUUCCGUUGACUGCAAUUCAGUUGUAGAUUUGGAAAAUAGUCAAAUUGUUACGCUUUCUAACGACAAGAUCAGAGUGACCAUUGCAGAGUACGGACUCUACAUUCUCAGUCUCGAGACUCCUGAUCGUGAUGGGAAGUUUUCUGCGGUCAAUCUUAACUACGACCAUGAUUGGACGAAGUACCUUCACGACACUCUCUACCUGUGCUGUGGUGUAGGAAGGUAUGCUAAUAGGAUUCUGAAUGGCCGUAUGACAGUUGAUGGUAAGGAGUAUCAGUUGACCGUCAAUGACGGGGACCAUUGUCUCCAUGGUGGUAUCGAUGGUUUCAACAAAAAGGUUUGGAAGCACACGGAUUCUUACCGUGAUGAAAAAUCGGCUUCCGCGACCUUCGCGAUGCGUUCCGAGGAUGGCGACCAAGGUUUCCCCGGCAAUUUGGAUGUCACUGUUGUUUUCACAAUCACCGGUAGCAAGUUGACGAUGGAGUACUAUGCCACUACUGAUGCUACUACUGUUAUCAAUCUGACACAUCAUACUUACUUCAACCUCAACAACGACCAUUCACAGACUAUACGCGACCACGAGUUGUGUCUACCAAAUGGUCACGAAUUCGUGAAGGUUGAGAACAAUGGUAUCCCCAUUGCUGGUGCUCCAUCUGAUGUUAAGGGUACCGCUUUCGAUUUCACCUCUCCGAGGAUUAUUGGUGAUGCUCUUUCCGAGAAAGACCAGCAGUUGACUGAGAUGGAUGGAAUUGAUCACAACAUCGUCAUUUCUGGCGAGGCUAAGGAGAUGAGGACGGUUGGCAGUUUAUACUGUGCCGCCACUGGUCGUCGUGUGGAUAUUACCUCUAACGAGCCUGGUAUUCAACUGUACACUGGAAACCAUCUGCCCAUGGAGAACAAUGGUGUUGCCAUCGAGACGCAGCACUAUCCCAACUCGCCCAACCGUCCUGAUUUCCCGUCGACUCUUCUCAGACCAGAUGAGAAAUAUUACUCCAAGACAGUAUAUGAUUUCAGUGUGGUUGCGUGA